AUGGAAGCUAAAUGGGAUAUCACAUUUUCCUUAAACACAGCAUUCGAGCCUUUGAUGCAAAAAAAAAAGUUUGAUAUACAGGUUUUAUCCACUGGUCGUGAACCUUUUACUGAAAACUUGAUUAUUUCAAAACAUCAUGAUUUGCCUCAAGUUACCUUUGCCUCCUUGCUUUUCGUUCUCUUACCAAAGAAGAAUGAUGAUGAUAUCGAUGACAAUGUGAUCUAUAAAUGGCCUUAUUUAGUAAAACGUACUUUGGAAGAUUUUACAAAGGCGGUAGAAUGA